GCCCUGGGAGCCCCCCGCCCUCCACUGCGCGCCCGGCCAGGGCAGAGCCCUUGGGAAAGUUCCGCGCCGAGCGUUUGGAGACGUGCGGCGGCGAGGCGGCCAUCCCCGAGCGCGACCCCGGGGCCCCGCCACAGCCCCGCUGGCCCAAUGACCGAGGACAAGCUUGUCGCACACAGAUGACAUCUCCCUGUCCAAAGGAGCAGCACGCUCCAGCCCCAAGCCCAGCAUGAGGCAGCAGAGAUGGUGCUGAGCCUGGAGCCAGUGAGCAGUUUCCCCGUGCUGGCUACAACAGGCAGCACCAUGCCUGAGCUGCCUGGUGGCCCCAAUGCUUCUCUCAACAGCUCAUGGGCCAGCCCGACAGAGCCCAGCUCCCUGGAGGAUCUGGUGGCCACGGGUGCCAUCGGGGCGGUGCUCUCAGCCAUGGGCAUGGUGGGUGUGGCAGGCAACAUGUACACACUGGUGGUCAUGUGCUGCUUCCUGCACGCCUCGGCCCCCAUGUAUGUCUACAUCGUCAACCUGGCGCUGGCCGACCUACUUUACCUGCUCAGCAUCCCCUUCAUCGUGGCCACCUACAUCACCAAGGAGUGGCACUUCGGCGACGUGGGCUGCCGCGUCCUCUUCAGCCUGGACUUCCUGACCAUGCACGCCAGCAUCUUCACCCUGACCAUCAUGAGCAGCGAGCGCUAUGCUGCGGUGCUGAGGCCGCUAGACACGGUGCAGCGCCCCAAGGGCUACCGCAAGGUCCUGGCACUGGGCACAUGGCUGCUGGCGCUGCUGCUGGCACUGCCCAUGAUGCUGGCCAUCCGGCUGGUCCGCAGGGGCCACAAGAGCCUCUGCCUGCCGGCCUGGGGCCAGCACGCCCACCGCACCUACCUGACGCUGCUCUUCGGGACCAGCAUCGUGGGGCCUGGCGUGGUGAUUGGGUUGCUCUACGUCCGCCUGGCCCGGGCCUACUGGCUGUCACAGCAGGCCUCCUUCACGCAGACGCGGCGGCUGCCCAACCCAAGGGUGCUCUACCUCAUCCUGGGCAUCGUGCUGCUCUUCUGGGCCUGCUUCCUGCCCUUUUGGCUGUGGCAGCUCCUCACCCAAUACCGUGGGGCCCAGCCGCUCACGCCCCGCACUGCGCGCAUCGUCAACUACCUGACCACCUGCCUCACCUACGGCAACAGCUGUGUGAACCCCUUCCUCUACACACUGCUCACCAAGAACUACCGCGAGUUCUGCCAGCGCUCGCUCCAGGCCAGGGGCGCCCGUGGGCCCGCAGGCGCCGGCAGCUUCCCGGAGUGCCGAGUCCACUUCCACCGCGGCUCGGGUCGCUUGCUGUCCUCCAGCAGCCAGCAGGCCACUGAUACCGUCAUGCUAUCCCAGGAGGCCCUUGGGGACAUCUGCACCUGAGUGUCCCUGGGCCCCACAUGGCACUGGGGUCAAUGGGGUGGGGGUGGCUGAAGUUCUGCUGGGAGGGGCCGCAGAGCCCAGGUCACUUCCUGGAGCCCCUCUUAGCCCCCCACAGCCCCCAACUGAGUGCCCCCCUUCCUCAGUCCUCUUCUGGAAAGUUCUGUGCUCUCCCUUCUCCAUGGCUCAUUUCAGCUCCAUCAGCUGCCUUCCUCAUAAUGCCCAGAAGCCCCAUCCCCAGCCCAUCUGUGAGGGUCUACAGGAGCCUCAGGCAGCUUCUGAAGACCAUGGUGUGUAGGGUCUUCACCACCCAUAGCAGCAGACAUGAGCACCCAGCCAGUGCCUACCCUGACUCGUGGCAAGCACACCGUGGUGGGCACACAAGCUGCCUGCACUGGGCCCUCCCCUCUUGGCUGGUGCGCGGCCCCUGUGUCCCCGUCCCUGUCCCUCCAGGCACCUGUGCAGCUCCAUUCCUCGCAGCUUCAGCACUUGGAACAAUAAACCCGAGCU